UCUCAUUGUGCAGCACUGGUCUUCCGUCGUCCGCGGCGGCGCACAGCCAUGCAGUGGGAAUUGCGCGGCAAAAGAAGGAGGCCGAAUUGUUGGAAGCGAUCAACGGAACCGGGGAGCACGUGGAUGUCGAGGAUGUAGCUGAUCAAAACAAUUCCUCGAGAAGUACUUCAAGCGCAAGCAAUGCCGAGCAAGAUCCUCUAGCUUCCGACGGUGACUCCAACGCAGAGCGACUAGAUGGAGGCUCCACUGGCGAGCAAGAGCCUUUGAGGGUUGAGGAAACAGACGGGCUCGCCGCAGCUACGAGUCAAGAGAUAGCGCGGGAUGCGCGUGUGGCGGGAAAAGCUUUAAACAAGCUUGAGAAGGAUGAACAUCCGGCUCCGUUGCCAAGCGACAAGUGGGACCCGGAUGUGAAGGGAAUAAAGACAAUGGAAAGCGGUGAUGAAAAAGUAAAAGCUGCAGUGGACGUUAAGGUUAACGACUUCACCCCAACGCAGAGUGUUGAUGCGAAUGGUUUAGGCGAAGGGAAGGCUCUCCACGCUGCAACGACGGCGGAUGCCGCAGUGUCGAAUGAUGACGCUGAGAACCCACAGGAGGACAAGGAAGCAGUUUACAUCGCUAGAGGGGCCGGCGUGGCGCCUCUUCCUCCAGAAAUUCCAUCUGGAGACCGACCGGAAAAACAGAAGAACAAGGUGAAGGCCGAAAAGAUAGGCAAAAACAAAAAGAACAAAAAGAAAAAGAAGGCGGCUGCCGGUGCUGGGAGUGCAGAGGCGGCUCCGUCGCCAGAAGACGCGCCUGAGACGAAAAAAUCCGGAAAACCA